UUUGUUUUUCUUUUCACGUCUCUCACUCAUCUCACUCUCAUUUCGCCCUUUCUGGCACUCACGCUCCUUUUAGACCCAAAUGUUGAGUCGCGUACUCCUCGCGUCGCUCGCUAUACAAGGGCUGGUCCCGGCGACCACCGCUUCGCCCACCUAUAAUCAGGAACGCGGCCUGUUAGAUAAUGAUUUUGACUAUGUUAUCGUCGGUGGUGGGACGGGAGGGAAUGUCAUGGCCACGCGUCUGGCCCAGAGAUCCUUCAAGGUCGCCUUGGUAGAGGCAGGUGGCUAUUAUGAGCUGGAGUCGGUAGCGGAGGUGCCCGCAGCUGAUGUGCUCCCUGUCGGCUCCGAUCCAAAGACUGUCGCCCUUCACGACUGGGGAUUCGUCGCAGAGAACCAGCCGGGUGCCAACGGACGGUCUAUCCAUUACGCUCGCGGCAAGUGCCUGGGCGGAUCGUCGGCGAUGAACUUCAUGAUUUAUCAACGGCCCACGCGCGAGUCGAUGGAGCAAUGGGCCACCGCCGUCAACGAUAGCAGCUAUGAGUUCGACCAAGUGCUGCCCUACUACAAGCGCAGCGUGACCUUCACACCUCCCAACACCGAGCUCCGGUUCAAGAACGCCACGACCGAGUACGCCAGCAGCGCUUUCGAAUCGAGCGGAGGGCCGCUGCAGGUAUCCUACUCGAACUACGCGAUGCCCUUCUCGACGUGGAUGGACCUCGGCAUGCAGGCCAUCGGUAUCAACCAGACCGAGGAUUUCAACUCGGGCUCUCUCAUGGGCGCGCAGUACUGCUCCUCGACCAUCAACCCAAAGGACGAGCUGCGGAGCAGCUCCGAGUCGUCCUUCCUGUCCGCCAUCAAGCCGUCCACGCUGACCAAGUACACCAACACGCUCGCCAAGAGAAUCAUCUUCAACAGCGACAAGAAGGCCACCGGCGUGGAGGUCAAGGGCGCGCUGGGCAACAUCUUCACCAUCCAGGCGAAGAAGGAAGUGAUCGUGUCGGCCGGCGCCUUCCAGUCGCCGCAGCUCCUUAUGGUCUCCGGCGUAGGGCCCCAGGAUAUUCUUGAGCAGCACAACAUUGAGGUCGUCGCAAACCGCCCCGGAGUCGGCCAGAACAUGUGGGACCACCCCUUCUUCGCGCCCUCGUACCGAGUCAACGUUCAGACCUUCACGGCGAUCGCCCUGAACCUGCUGGAACUGGUCGGCCAGUUCCUCAACAUCGUCGCCACGCGCUCCGGCCCGCUCACCAACCCCAUCGCCGACUACCUCGCGUGGGAGAAGAUCCCCGCGAGCCUGCGGUCCGUAUUCAGCCAGCAAACCCAGCAAGACCUGGCUACCUUCCCCAGUGACUGGCCCGAGGCCGAGUACAUCUCAGGCGCAGGCUACAUCGGCAACCUAUCCAACCUGCUGACAAACCAACCGCGAGACGGGUACCAGUACGCAUCAAUGCUGGGAGUGCUAAUCACGCCGACGUCGCGCGGCAACGUGACGCUCAAGUCAGCCGACACAGCAGACCUACCAAUCAUCAACCCCAACUGGCUCAGCACGCAGGCCGACCAGGAAGUCGCGGUAGCGAUGUUCAAGCGCAUCCGGGCGGCGUUCCAGAGCGACGCGAUGGCGCCGGUCGUGAUCGGCGAGGAGUACAACCCGGGGGUGCAGACGCAGACGGACGCGCAGAUCCUCGAGUUCAUCAAGGACAACGUCAUGACGCUGUGGCACGCGGCCUGUACGUGCAAGAUGGGGCUGGCCAGCGACAACAUGGCGGUGGUGGACAACGAGGCGCGCGUGUUCGGCGUCGACGGCGUGCGCGUCGUCGAUGCCAGCGCCUUCCCAUUCCUCCCGCCGGGGCAUCCUCAGUCGACUGUCUAUAUGCUUGCGGAGAAGAUCUCCGAGGCGAUUAUCAACAGCGCCAACUGAUUUCUCUCAUUCAAUAUACCUCUCGCUGCAUAUUUCUACGUUCCGAUGCAGGUUUAGCCACAGCUGAUUUAAUCUUCAAUGUGCAUAUCACAUAAUAAGUAGUAUAGUACAG